AUGCGUGAUACACCAUCCAAAUUCAUCGAGAUCCUCGAUCCAAAGGACACUACACACAUGUCCGACUCGGACGUCCGCCUUGAGGAUGUCCUCGCGGAUCACGAAGCAAUUAGCAGCCGACCCCGCUCCUCAACACAGUCCUCCAUAAAACCAAUGGACAAGUCUAUGUCGCGUGCGAACUCUAUGUCUCCAACGCCGCGUUGGAAGCGUCUGAGCAAUAUCCUUGCGCAACCCCGUCGCAACUCUUAG